GGAUGGGCCGACUGCCAUCCUAGAUGGGAGGGUUAAAUUGCAAAAACAAGAGAUACUAGGUUUAGAAUUAGCUGGGGUUCAUUUAGUAAUGGUGGUCCAGUUUGCAAUACCCAGAUACAACACAAAAUAGUACACCGCGCCAAUUGGGAGAACCCUAUUUUUGGAGGCCCAAGUGAUUCUCUUAGUCUUGCUCCAGAAUACUCAGAAAAGCCGAAACAUUAAGAAUUCUGGCGGCAUUUCUUUCGGCUCCCGUCCAAGUCCGGGAUUUUGGAUCGAAAUCUUGGAGAUUCUCUCGAAAUCUUAGGCACUCAAUAAUAUUUGAGAGGGCAAUGCUGUCGCCUGGUGCAGUAGAAAUAGGGAGGGAUCUGAUGGAAAAUGAGAAGGAAAACAAGGUUUAUGUUCACUACACCCACACUCACCCCACCAAAUUCUCUAGGUGGACUGCGAGGGAAAGUCACCAAUUUAUGUAUAAAAGGCCCUGGCAACAAGUUCUUGAUUUUUACUCAAAUGUGGUGACCGGGCGCUGCUCAUUGUUGGGAUUGCUUGGAAUUGAGACGCAUCCUAUUCAUGAUGGUGAAAUUGUAGAGGCUUCUGAUAAAACUGAAUUUGGUAAUGUUCUGACUAAAGAUAGGGGUGGAAGGUGGGCAAGAUUGACAUUUAAGAUUGUUCUUUCGUAUCAUGGCGCCUCUUUUGAUGGGUGGCAGAAGCAGCCUGGCUUGAACACUGUUCAAGGCUUAGUAGAAGCAUCACUUGGGAGAUUUGUUGAUGAGAGAAAGGCACAACAGCUGAAAGAGAAGAAUUUACCUGUAGAAGGCAUGGUUACUGUUGCAGGACGCACAGACAAGGGAGUGACAGCUCUUCAACAAGUCUGCUCUUUCUAUACUUGGAAGAAGGAUGUUAAAGUUCAAGAUAUUGAAGAUGCCAUCAAUGGUGCAGCACCAGGAAAGCUCAGGGUUAUAUCUGUUUCUGAGGUAUCACGUAUAUUCCAUCCUAAUUUCUCUGCCAAGUGGAGGCAUUAUUUUUAUAUUUUCCCUUUGAAUGAUGGGGAUGAUGGGGAGCAAAUUAGUGAGAAUGAGAUGGAUAUUCAGAAAAUCAGUUUUAAUGAAAAGUAUGGUGAGCAGGGAAGUGAAUGUCCUGCUCAAUACAAUGGUGGGGAGAAUACGGAGAACUUAAUAUUUGAUGAUGAUGGUGAGUUUGAAAGCAGAAAGAAACCAAGUACGUUCAGCAUAAGCAGAGUCGACCAACUUUUGCGACAAUUAGAAGGAAAGUUAUUAUCCUACAAAAUAUUUGCACGGGAUACAAAAGCUUCAAGAAACAUAGGUCCACCAACAGAAUGUUUUGUCUUCCAUGCUCGAGCCACAGAAGCCAGAUUACAAUUUUCUGAUGAUGGAGAAGGAACAAAAGUUAUGUGUAUUGAGCUGGUUGCUAAUCGCUUCUUACGCAAGCCUAACAUCAAUGGCCUACGAUGUCCUGACAAAUCUGCUGAUGGUCCUUGAAUUGACAGAUGGUUCGGGUGCUUGUGGCAACAUCAAUAAGGGAAGCAGCUGCAGGUGCAGAGCAGGAUGCAUUGCUUAAGCUGAUGGAUGCUACAUGCAGGCGAGCCACGGCUCCUCCAGCACCCCCUGAUGGCCUUUGUCUCAUUGACGUUGGAUUUACUGAAUUUGAUCCACAAAUUUGCUUCAUCCGAUAAGGGUAAUCUAUUAAGGUGAAUCUAUCAUCAUAAACAGAUGAUGACUUUACAUUUCAAAAAGGAAUAGCUCGUAAUUGGGUGCCUGUACACAUGAUAUAUGAAUAAUGAGUUUAGAAUGCUUAUGAUUCAACGGGAACUAUUGGACUGGACA